UUUAGCAAACGGCGCUUCGCAACCCGUAGCGUUGUUCGCCGUGUUCUUCCCAACAAUACCUAGUCGACGCUAAUUUAUCAUCGACGAACAGUUGAUCGGUGAGCGGGGAAUCUAAAGAGUUUACCUGAGAAACAACGACCUAUUUUUCGGUAAGUAAAGCGCUUUUGGUUUAUUUACGGUGUUCUCGAACAGUCCUAGUGUAGUAAAUGAUCUAAUGUAACAAGCUAUAGAAAACCACCCCAUAAAUACUCUUUAACAAAGAGCCGUUAGUGUGCAUUAUUCAUCAUAAUUUCUCAUGCUCCGUCCUCCAAGAUUGUUUAUUUGGGACAAAAACUUGAUACUUCAGAACGUGAAAUGAAAAGAACUAAUAUUACAGUUUAAACAAAAUACAAUAAGCAAACACUGAAACGGAAAUAACGAAUUGUCAUCGGUCGCGCCUCUUGAAGGAAAUUGGCAUUUGCUGAAUCUCGUAUUCUGUAGAAGUGAAAUAGGUAUGGUUUCCACGGAUUGUUUCUAAUGUUUCUCUGUCAACCUAACCACUUAGUUCUUGAAGUCAUUAGGGUUCUUCUAAUGAUAUAUCACAGAAACACCAAAAAUAAAUAUAAUGUGAUAUGACACCCGUUCGACGCAAUCAGUUUUGAUAGGAUCAUAUUUUCCUAUCCAAGGUGUCGCUAUUUACUGGAAGUGACUGAUAAACUACCGGUAGUUUAUUACGACUAUAAAGCUUUAGUCUUGCACCGACGUAGUGUGUGUUUUGUGCCAUGUGCUGCCUUGGCCGCUCACAUAGUGACUGACAGACCAGUACCACGAUAGCAAAAGCCCCGAACCCCUGCUUCAUGUCUCUGCUAGUCAGCGUCUUAUCCGGAGGGACAGCUGUCCAUCUGAGUAGUUUUGUAAAUGAUACUUCUAAAAGCGUGGGGAAAAACAUGCACUUUUUUGUUUUUUGUUGGUUCCCGUUGUUUUCGUUUGGGUUAAACUUACUGUUGCAAGAGGUUGAGCCAAAUUCCGUCAGUCGUUAUUUUGUUAGUAGACUGCAAAAAAGUCCGUAUUUUUGCGUAUUCAAGUACACUGUACGCAAGAACAGCUCUUAAGCUGCUCUUACUCUCCUCUGAACCAAUUUUGAGAAAAAAACCCGACUGUUUUGCAGUCUAUUUUUCGUUAGUAUUAAUGUCUGUUGGCCAUAGGGAGAAUGGAUCAAUUUUGUUACGUCACUUACCCUGCGAGUAGAGGGCCUUACGGUCUUCCCUUGUAAGUCUAGGAAGAUCGAAGGUUCUCUGCUUGCAAGGUAAUUUCGACUAAAUGUAAUAAAGAUUAAAUUUAUCUCAGUUAAAGUUAAUUACUCUCAUGAGGUAGUCUUUCCUGAUCGUUUACUUCCCUAUAUUUUUUGUUGAAAAGCCUGUAAAACGCGCGUGCUUCUUUUGAUUUAAAAUCUGUUUAAACUGUACCGCCAGCAUUCGAUUUAGCGCGGGCGCCGAGCGCGAGAUCAAUUCUAGAUUGAUUCUUUAAUGUACUGAGCUGACAGUUAAAUAAAUCUUGGAGAUUGUACUGGUAAUCAGCUGCGGUAACUCAGUAUUAUUAUUUUUUUUCUUGGGCUUUUGGUCAUCGACCGCCCGCUGACCAUCCAGCCAGGAAACUCUGGUUAAGUACCAAAUGUUAUCGUCUAUGACAUUGAAUUAACGUUCUUUACACAGUUGUAGAAAAAACGAACUCAACCACGAUUGGUGGUACAUGCAUGACCUCGUGACUUUGCAUUGGUUAUAUCCCAUCAAUAAUAUCGGAAGGGACUAAUUAUAAUUUAGGACACCAACGUCAUUAGACAAUAAGGGCUUGUUCGAUUGUUCGAUUGACCGUUUUCCGUCUUCACUCAUUUAGACUUUCACUGCAUUGCAAUCUAGAAAUCUACUUAACCCUGCGACGUACAAAAGGGGGGGGGGGGGGUGGCAUCCACCCCCCCUCCGAAGUUCCUGGGGGUUUUUUCCUAAGACGAUAAAACAUCAGCACCUGACGUUUUCAGUGCCUGUUUGUUUAUCACACACGCGCAUUUUGAGACAAGUUUAGUGAUGAUCAGUUACUAUGGUUACGAAACAUGGCGUCAUAAAUAGCAGGCGAUCAAGCUAUUUUUGGGUGAAAAUGCAUGUUUUUUCAACUUCCUUCAACGAUACAAGUAAAGCUUGUGGGUAAAAUGAAGCAAAGUACUUAUGUGUUAUUUUACAUGUCAAGCACAAGAAAUUACCAAUUCUCAGCGUUUUUACCUGAUUUCUAAUUCUUGGUAAAAUCCAAGAUGAUGGCCAGGAUGGCGACAAUGUUUGUUGACGUCACAGGCCUCCAGAAGCACCAUCACCUGUAAAAUAUUCCUUAUCUUGUUUAGAAUAUCGAAGGUAAAAUCUUUUCGAUAUACUACAAAAUAUCAAAAACUGUAGGGAGGGGUUCCAUCUAAGCUUUGAUAGAUUGGGCUAAAAAAAGCAGCAUAAUUUGCUACUACGCAGUGCUCGUAUAUUUCUAAAAUUAUGCCAAUAUAUAUGCUAGUUUUUGCAAAUUACGGUCAUUUUACGCAAGCAGAAAUUAUGCGUCUACUUUUUAUAUCAAAUCUGGUAAAAAUACCUCGAAAACUAUGCAAGGAACAAAUAUAAAUGGCAAACAUAUUUACCCUAGUGACAGCCAGAAACUUUAAGAGUGCAUAAUUCAUUCUCUGAUAAAUAUAAAAAGCACACGGACUCCAUUAUGGGUAACCGAGCUAUGCGCAUGCGUUGAGUCCUGUGGAAAGGUCCUAGGUCACUUCUUGUUGAACCCAGGUCCCAUGAAUGCGACAAUAAGCAGAUAACACUUAUCUCGGGUCCAAAAAAUUUGUUGGAUGAUGAAUAAAUGACAAUUCUGUGCUGCUAAACUAGCCAAAAGUGCAAAUUAUGUUAGCAGUACUUUUUUUGGCGGGAAACAGGAAAAUUAUGCUGGUUAUGACGAGCUAUGCCAAAAAUUAUGCUAGCACAAUCUAUCAUAGCCUAGUUUCAUCAACCCCCCCCCACAACGGCAUUGCCCCACGGUGGGGGUAUGACUUUGCGUGUACGUCCGAGUAUAAUAUUCCGAUGUAUAUAGAGUUAAAAUGAUUGGCCAAAACCAUGGGUAGAAGUUAUUUGUAACCACAUGUUUGCGCAUUCUCAGACCUAUUCCGGGCUACGAUCACUCGAACGCGCCCUUGGUUGGAUUAUCCAGCUGGACUGAUAGAGUCGCCUUAGUUAGACCAAUAAUUGACAGAUAGAUAUUAAUUAAUGAAGUAUGGAUUAAAUUGAUUGACUCAGCGUCCCCGAUGCAGCGCCACAGUUUGUUUUGAAACUUAAUCCUUAUUCAUUUGUCUCAUAGGAAUCUACCAAUUAAAUUUUGCUCUGAGUUUCCAGCAUGGAGUCAACGGAAAUUCCCUUUAAGAAAAGGUAUGUAAGGAAAGCCAGUAGGAAUUAAAGACUGAAGUGAUAAUGGUCGUGUUCUCUGGCAAAUUGGCCAUUUUUUCCCUCCUUAAACUUUAUUAUCUCUCUGAUGAAAUAGACACGAUUAUGGUAACAUGAUUAAUUUCACGGGGAAAGGAUUGAUGAUAUUACGCUAAAACUCUUCCCAUUUAGCAUUGCGUCCCUGCUGCCGAAGGGUACCCUGGCAGGCAAUAAAAUUUAUUCAGUUUUUUAUUGGCCAAUGGCUUCAUUUAACUACAACUACCAAUGUCCGCACGACUAUUUUUAGGUCCAAACUGUAGAAGGAAACAUGAAUGUUUUCUGAUAGUUGUAUUUGUAUAGUAUUUUGAACUUAUGACUGAUCCUACCACCUCCAUCGUAGAGUGGUUACACGCCUCAAGGUCCAUUAAUACAGUACAUCGGCAAGGAACUUUGGCUGCUCAAGCUGGGGUUGUAAAGAAAGCUAGAGGGGUUGUACGGGGAGAAUUUUUGAUAGAAGAUAUCGUGUUUGCUGUCUUGACGGUGACCUUAGCCUGCGCCUGCGCCACAGGCUAAACGUAACCUCUACUUAAUUCCGUCUGCGAACCAACGCGGAAAUUUAUGUUCUUGGGCCCCAUGUGUUUGCCAUUUACUUGUUUGUUGCACAGUUAGUGAUAUAUUAUUUUUACCAAAUUUGAAGUAAAAAGUAGACGCAUAAUUUCUGCUUGUGUACCAGGAUUUGAGCGCGCGCCGUGAUUGGACUGUUAAAAAGACAUUGUCAAUUUACUAAUCAUUUUGAAGGGAAAUUCGGAAGGGCGCACUUCCGGCAAUUCGUUGAACCAGUUGGGGGUCCGGUUCCAGGAUCUCUCUGCUGCUUCGCAGACUUUACUGGCCUGGGUUACCGCUACGGUGAUCCAGGUUCGCUGCUUGAAUUGAAUCUCUUUCUUUUCCAUUUAUCCCUUAUUUGCAUUUACCCUUGGUGUUGGUUAAACUUCACUAAUGAACCUUUUUCUUCUGUAGAAAAAUUUCGUCAUCUUCCACUGCAGGUUUUGGUGAGUUUGAUUCUGUUAAGUCACGUGUCCCAUCGUGCUUAGCCUGCGACACAACCGCCUCUCAUCGCCCUCCGCCGCUGUGAUCUUUUCAGGAGAGAGAGCUUUUGGCCUAAUAAGAUCCAUUCUGAUGACAUACAAACCACAACCGUCUCGGUCGCGAAACGUCCCCCACGGCGGAGAGCGAUGAGAGGCUACUGUAUUCACAGACUACACCGUACGCACUCAUGCACUUCAGUGGUGGAUAAGAUCGCCACGUCCAUUGGUUCACCUUGAAACUCUGUGGUCUGGAGGCAAAAUUAUACCCCAGAUUCGUCAUUGACAUAAAUAUGCUGUGUCAUACUAGAGAUGAUACAUUUAUUGUGCGACCUUCGGCAGAACUCUAGAUCAAAAAGCAAAUAUGGGCACGACUCAAUGUAACUGAUAUGCAUAUAAAAGGCAUUCAUAGAUUGCACGGCAGCCGGCUUGACUUGCUGUUGCCUUAAUCGGUGAUAGAUAUUAUUAUGUGAUGAAGCAGACAUUUACAAUAAAUGUUAUCCUUUAUGGGACUUCAGAUAAAAAAAAGCAUGUAUGCGAUGAUACACGGCACACAAAACUUGCAUCUACCUCAUAUUGUGCGAUAAUGUUCAAGGAACAGGCCACUUCCGUCCUCUUUGGAAGACUUUCUUGCUUUCCUUCAUAAAUGCGUUAAAAACUAAGUAUUCUCAUCUUUUUUGAAGUAUUUCAAUGUAUGUAGGACACAGUUUGUGGCUUCAUCAUACACUGUAAAAAGCUAAGCAAAUAAUGGAAGCCAGCUACCUUAGCGCUGCUUACCAUUAAAUAUCAAUGAAUAAAAGCUAUUCAUUGAACAGGUUCAGGGCUCGAACUAAUUUUCGGACGGUGGCCGGACACGAUGACCGACCAAAGAAAUUUUUGCUCCACCCUGAAGUCUCGUUUGUGACCGGUCAAAAUAUUGGGAAGAAAAGUUAACUAAUCCUUGUGUAAGUUUCUAUUUGUAUUUUUAGAAAGAGACAAAAAUCUAAGAUUUACAGCUGAGGAUGGUUUGUUCAAGAAUGAGAGUAUGAAAUACCCGUCAACAUGACCGGCGAGUGAAGUUUUUGGCUAGUCACGUUGCCAUUCUGGCCGGAGCUUGUCCGUUGAGCGACCGUUAUUUCCUGUUUUGUGUGUUUCUUGUACAUGUACUCUGCGUUUACUUUUUACCGCCUUUUCAUUUUGUCGCAGGUGCAACAAAUACAGAGAUAACAUCAAAUGACGUCACUUUUGUCCAACUGGAUUCUUGCAUUUUAGACAGAAUUAAACAAGAACCGAUAGACUGCGAUGAAGAACCAAAUCUUUCACCCGUCUUUUUUCAGCCGCAAGUUAAUGAAAAUUCCAUUUCGGAAAUGCCUUCCAAACAUGCAACGAACGAGGCACACGUCGUGAAAGUAACAAAACAAGGCGAUACUGGGAGCGCCAGUCAAGCCACAGCUAACGAGUUACUGAGUAAAGAACCUCAAGUUGAAAGUGGUCAAGAUAACAUAAAUCAAGCACUCAACUGCUCUAGAGACAAACCAUCUGAGAUAGCUGUUACAGGUGUGCGUAGAAGUUCACGUCAACGUGUUCCAGCAAGGAGACUGUCAACUGGUUACGAAAAGACAGAACCCAACAACCAGCAAAAACAGAGUAUAACUGCACGCAUGCAUCCAGGGAGUAUCUCAGUAAAGAAUGCUUCUUACCAUGGGGCAAGCAACAGCACUAAUUCACGCUCGCUUCGCCCAUCCUCUGACAAACACGAAAAAGCUGUACGAAAAACUCAUGAGAGUCAAACCUCUUCAGUUCAAAUUAUUUCAGAGAGGAUGCAGGCAUUUAGAGACGUGGAUAGGCAAGGUUCAAGCAGUGCUAACGCACCGGAUUUGCCAGACUUGGCACCGAGGAGAAACGAUAUUGAAGACACGAGAACUCGAUUAGUGAUACGAGACUCAAAUGAUGUGUUCAGACGACGAUUUCGAAAGGUAAAGAAUUAAAGAACGCUGUGAGAUAUAUGUCAGGCAGUUAGCUCAAGAAACCUUUGGAUAGCAUAAUGAUUAACAAUGUAGGUGAGUGAACUCCCCGUGCUAGACCGUUAUUGGGUCCUCCGAGUGUUGGCCAAGCCUGGAGUACUCUCAGUAUUUUUCUAAUCUUGGUACGAGUCUCUACUGUUUAUCAGUGGCGGAUCCUGGGGACGGGUCCGGGGUUCGGACCCCCAUCAGACCUGACGCUUGUUUGAGGCUAAAAUUCUUACAUCGACGGGAUCGUAUAUCACUUUUUAACUGGCUGAUUUUUUUAAUGAAACGCGCGUUGCGUUUUGCCACUAAACUAAAUUGCAGGGAUAUUCAAGUGGUAAUUGUUUUAGGGUACCUUCCUAUGAUAUGUUCGCCUCUGCUUCCACAGCAGUAUUUCCAGCACCAACAGCGACCGGCGUUCACAGAUUGAGAAACAUGUGGUCGUCUCUGCUUUCUCAACUUGUCGACAAUGGUUGCGACAAUUCGGCCGAUAGCCUCUUUCUAUCAACCAGUCAAAUCCAGGUGAAAUUUAAACUGAUGAAACAGUUAACGGGGAAGAAGCUGAAGCCAUAGAAUGUGACAGCGGUAAUUUGGGUGGAGUGGGGGUGGGGGGUUGGCGAGAAGUAAUUUCCCAGAAAAAAUAAAUCAACGGUCCUUUCUGAACCAAAGUUUGGACCCCCCCAACCCCUCCUCAAUGCAUGUCCUCCAACGAUUGUAAGAACUAAGCAUCGUGAGUCAUCGUUUCGUCUCAUGCUGAGCAGCCUGGCGCUUUCACGGGACAGGUAUUUCCGUCUCUAGUUUCCGCACAAUUUUGACUUUCUGGCCUAAUUUCCCCAAUUAAUCCGGACGACCUUCGUAGGUUUCAAAUGAAUGAUCAGUAGCUUAACAUACUGCCAACAUUUCAUUGGUGAUUCGGAAAAUAAUUUUCGGUGUUUCUUGUAUUUUAGGCAUUGAAGGACUUGGUGGCAAAGCGGAUGUUAAAGUUUCAACAGACAUCUAUGUACAACGAAACUGUGUCAGCUUUAAAAAAGAAGGUGGUAAAUCUCGAAAGAAGAAAUCGAGAGUUGGAGGAAAAGGCUGACAGACUGCAGGGGUUUAUAACGAAUCUUCAAAACGAGGUAGAUCUCUUAUAAGUUAUGAAUUACGGUUGAUAAAAUAACCUUGUGAACUCCUUGUGCAGAACUGCUGUUAAACGAAAGUAAAUUUGUAAAAUAUAUUUUAAACUGCUAGUUUCGAUCGGAAGAUCUCAACUGAAGGGAACAUAUUCGCGAAUGAGCUGCGUGUAGUAAGCGUAUUCUUUAGUUAUUUAUUUUUCUAUUGUCCUCUGUCACUACGAACAAUUUAAUUAUUUCAGAUACAAACCUUGCAUAAAGGUAUUAUUUUUCAGAUACGGCAUUUUUUUAGAAAUAAAACCGAAAGGUUUGCUUAGUGAUCGAAUAUGUCUUAAUCCUCCUUAAACAAAUUAGGAUUACGUAUUUAACGCCUAAUGUUGUUUCUGUGCAUUACUUAGUUCGAAUCUACAUGUUAAUUUAGAUGUUAUUAUCUGGUAAGAUAUAACAGCAUUCUUCUUGGACCAUUUUUUUAGAACGAGGAAGAAAGAACGCAGACUGUAUCCCGAGGAACUCAAGUCUCAAUGGGAAUGGUAAGUUAAGACUAUUUUUGUGAAUUUUGUUUGUAUUUAUUGAAUGACUUUGGGUUGGCGAUUACGGCUAUGGGUAAUCUUCUCGGUAAACCGUCGGAAAACGCCGUAUCUUUCAGGUCUUUGGCGAGCUUCCUAUCCUUUUAGCCAAGUCAUUUAUUCCAUUUGAACACUGUAUUACGAACAGACCGUAAACAGAAACUAAAUUGACCCCAUGGUUUAACUUUACCCCUGUUAGGCAAUUGACAAAAUGGUGGCUAAUUUCUCCCUAUAGGUGUCUUUGUAAUCCUCUCUCAACCUUUAGUUUUGUGAAAGUAACAAGGAAAAAGCAUCUUAUGCUGCACUCUGUAUGAAAGAGGUUUUUGACUUUUUUAAAAGAAAUGAAUGGACAGAAACUUCUCUAGAGGAAGAUAAUCUGGAGAAAAAUCUAUAUCUGCAAUAGUGCGUCUAUUAAUUUGGUGCUCUUUCCUUUGUUUACCACGUAACACUUUUGUAGAUACUCAGCCGGGCUGCGGUUGCAAGUAGCCAGGCAGAGACACGUGUUCCAGUUUCCACAGACGGACAGACCACGCUGUACAGUUCCCCGGAUGGACCAGUGAUUGUCAGUGUCUGUGGACAACAGGUAAACAGUGCACCGCCGGGUGCUGGGUCCUCUCAAACCAAUAAAGGGUGCAAUUUCACUCCUCAUGAGGCAGUAUCAGUAUCCGUUGCAAUGCGUUCAGUUCAGGACAAUUACCCAUACCCUCAAAUCCUGAAUGUCUGCUCUGUUAUUAGCUCUGAGUCACAGUCGGUUCUUCAUCAUGCACCUCAACAAUUUUCUAGUAAGGAUUCGUUUGUCCUUCCGGAGCAUCGGCUUAUGGAUAGUAGGUCAGGCCAUAGGUCAGGCUGUAAUGGAAACGAGGCCACUCAUAUGAGAGCUUCAAAUGUCCCCAUGCCCAAACCCGGAGCCGCUUUAAAUUUGCCGGCGAAUACUUCUGGGACAGGAAGACAACAGAGGCUUGCUUCAAGUUACACACCUUUUCUUGCAAAUCAAAAAGAGGCUCAGUCAGUUCAUCGCAUCGCCACUGUUCACCCUCAGCAAAUAUUUCCUGCCCCAGACACUACACUACACACUGUUUCCCAGCAAAACGCCCACAUGACACAAAUUCAACAAAAUGCGCUGCUGCCUACUAAUCAGGGGGAAGCAAAAGCUGAUCCAGCACGGCCUGAUUCAUUCAGUAAAAGCCGAGAUAUUAGAAGUGUCGCAAGCCUUGCUCCUCAAGGCCAGCAAGCUGUGGCCGAUGCAAAGAACGAUCAUCCUAAAGGAUGCGACAAACGGCUGAGGAACAUCCCAUCUACAAAGUGUCCUCCUUCUGGUUAUCGUAUUAGAGAAUUUCACGAACUCCUUCCGCAUUCGUACCCUAAUGUAAGACGCUAUCAUUGGGAAGAAACGUCUUUUUAUAGAGCUACAUCCUGUUUACGUGGGGAAACUGCUCUAGCUAGCAAGCAACAGACCAGUCAGAUCGAAAGGCCAUUGCGUGAAUGCGUUUGUUGCCCUCCUGAUACCAGUCAGCAAAACACAAGACAAGGGCAAGCUAACGUAUUUCAACCGCAUGUGCAACAACAGGAAAGGCCAGAUUUACCUAGGGUAAAUGCGCAAAGAGUUGGGACAAACGCGCAUUUUUCUCUCCAGCCUCAAUCAUCGCAGCAAGGACUACCAACCACAUCCCAUUCAAACAAUUCUCAGCUCAGUCGUUUUUCAGGACCAACUGCUGAAGGUUUGGGUAGACCAAGCCACCUUUCUUCUGCCACCAUACCGGUUGCUCCGUUAAGUGCCCAGAACGGGCUACCGAUUCAGUUACAAGAAGCACCAAACGGGUCGUCUCAAACAUACUCGCGUUCACUGCCAACGCAUCCGGAAAAGCAUCUUCACUCAAAUCAUCCGCGGUUCCCCUUUCAUCGACAGGAACAUGCAAUGCCAUCUGGUAGUCCACAUACGGAGGCUUAUUGGCAGGUAAGAGGGAACGAAAAACAACUAUAUCAUGGUGCCAACAUGCAGAUAGUGCCUGGAGGAGGUGAUGGUAAUUUAAGAAAUUAUUACUUACACAGCCAGCGACAGCAACCACAGCAGCAAAACGUGGCACAGUUACAUUUACAACAACAACACCUACAUCAAAAAGAACACGAGACACAGCAGCUACAGCAACACCAUCAACAACAAGGACCACAACAGCAACAACUUACCUUAAAACAACUGCAACAACAACAAAAACAACGUUUUUUGAUAAAGCAACAGCUACAAUGGCGCCAACAGCAACAUCAACCCCAACAUCGACCACAACAACCAGUUGAACAACGCCACUGCUACCACCAAAAACAGCCAUAUCGACAGCAGCAACAACACCAGCUAAUGAAACGGCAAGAGCAACAGUGGCAACAACGACAACCACAAAGUUCUCAGCAGCAGGUACGAGUAAAUCGUUAUCAACUUCAGCAUGAGGAACAAAACCAGCACCAGCAACAACAACAACAGCAACCGCCACCUUCAUGGUUGGUGCAUUACCAGCAGAGAGCAGAAUAUCUACAACCCCCAACCUCUUCUUAUCAGGUGGCACAAACCAGAGUAUGCUCUCAUUCACCGCCAACUACCAAACCACAAUGGCAGCAGGGUUUUCAUUUAUCCGUACCCCCUGCACCUUCUCAAGGAACGUCCAUUCCUAGGAAAUCAUUUUGCUCUACAAGUAGUAAUGGAUCAGCAGUGGUUCAAGUUGGCUCUCAGGCAUCAUUGACGCAAACAGAAAAUGCCCGUACGGGAUCGGAUUUGUCUUGGCAAGGAGCAAGAGAUAUGACUGGUAUCCAGAAUGGAAAUGGCAUAAAUAUUGGACCAAACCAGAGCAACUUGGCGACUCCAGUUCAAACAUCGCACCAGCAGGUCGGGGUUUCUGGCAAAAACGUUACCGAGUUUUCAGCAAAUGCACCACACACUUUGCAGGCGGUGGUUUGUCAAGCAGGAAACAUCAGUAGUCAACCCCCGCCUGACGAUACCACGUGUGGAAGCAUUACAGCAGUACCUUAUGCAAAUAUUCCAUGUAGUUCAUCCGCGGGCUCGACGUUAAAGGCAUCUACCGUAUAUUCUGUGAGCGGUCCUUCAAGGCCUUCAUCUUCACUGGAUGAAACAAAUAGUCGACCUAUUGUCAGCUCUGUUUGUCGUGAACGGCAGGAAAAUCGUACUUUUGUCAUGCCCAGAUCCCAUUCAGGUGGAUCGGUACCAGCCAAAACGUCACUGUUAGAAAGUGAGGGGGAAGUUGAUUUGUCAAUUAACAGUAGAGUGACUAAGAAAGACCUUAUGUUGAAUAGACCUAUUUUUCAGAGUAUUGAAGACACCCCUCCACCUUUACCUGCAGAAUCCGAGCGAAAAAGUCCAUUUACUGACAUAAACAGUACGGGCCAUUCAGAAACCAAACCCGUCGCAGAUGAAGGGAAAGAACUCUUUGAAACAUGCUCUGUUGAACCAAGUAGAGAGUCUGAGCCAUGUUCUGUUACCGAAAAAGAGCUUCAGACAGAUCUCGAUACACCUGGGCGACAACCAAACCGACAGGGUAAACCCUCUCAGUCCCAAAUGCUCGAGGCACCUUGUUUGAUUAAGCCUAUUCUUACUGUCCAGGAAAGUGAUAACGGUAUUGUUUUAUCGUGGGAUUUACAAAAUAGAGAAAAUGAAUCCAAGGUGAAAAAGUAUGAGUUGUUUGCUAUGUCAUCUUCUACUGAAACUACUUCGUCGAACUGCUGGGACCUUCUUGGUCUUGUAGACGCUCUUGAUCUUCCAAUGGCGUGUACCUUAAAUCAGUUUUUGCCCGGCGCUUCUUAUUCCUUUACCGUUCGUGCUCUUACAGCAGAUGAUCGCUGUGGAAUGUUUAGUGAUCCUUGUUCGGUUACAUUUAAUGGAUCACUACUGACAGUGACUGAGAAAAAGUAGUGGUCUACGGUAUUUUACGUUAUUUUUUAGGCCUAGAGCGUAUUUCCAGAUAUUAUCUUGCUGUACGUGUGGAGGAGAAAAAAAAUAUUUCAGCGGCUGUUCUCGUAAUAUUACCAAUUACAGUAGAGCGCAGCUGUUUAAAAGUUGCGG